CACACACACACACACACAUGCUGUCACACCCGCCUUCCCUCUGUAUCUCCUUAGCGGCUCCUCUCUCUGUAGCUUUGUUUUAUUUAUUUUUCUCCUCUCUGCCUUUUUCUCUCAUUCUCUCCUCCUGUUGUUUUAGAAGUGUCUCUUUCUCUUUCUUCACCUCCUCCUGUCUCUCUCCUUCCCUCUCUCCCUCUCUCCUCUUCCGGAUGCCAGCCUCCUCUCCUCCGCAUGUCGCACACCUUCAGCUCAUCCAUGCGUUCACAAAUCCACGAGGCCGGCUUGAUUUCUCUUCGCGGGAGAGGGCAGAGUAAAGCACAGGAGAGCCGGAUAAACCAUCUUUGUGCCGGGAGCCGGAGAUCAGAUCCAAGAGGAAACAGGAAGGAGCCCGGCCUCGCUGAUGACAUGGCUCUCCCUGUCUUGUUUUCCAGCAACAUGAUUGGCUGUGAGGGCCUGAAGGAGUGACAGACAGCGAGGUGGCCGCUCCAAUGGCUCGGACUGAGCCACCAUCGAAUCGGGACACGAAACCAGGACCACAAACGAAUCUCAGGACUCGCACAUCGGCCAGAACUUUUACAGCAACCGCCCCUCGGCUUCCGCUUUUCCUGCCAGUCCUCGUCUUGCUGUGCACCUCCCCCCACCCGAGCCUGGCCGGCCCGCCUCAGCUGGCCCGCGCCCCUCUCCUCUCCGGCCAGCCGUUCAUCAUCUUCUGGGGCAUCCCUGAUUCUUCCUGCUCUGUCCGGCCCGAUCCUGCAUCUUUCGGGAUGGAACGGGAAGGCCGUGUAACCGUUUUUUACGAGGACACGCUUGGGAACUACCCGUAUUAUGUAGACCGAGACACGCCAGUAAACGGAGGGCUACCACAAAGCACCCGGUUGGAGAGCCACCUCCAGAAGGCGGGGGAGGACUUGGUCGCUGCACUACCCGCUCCGAGGUACCUGGGGCUGGGGGUGCUGCGCUGGGCGGAGUGGGACCCCCAGUGGACGAGGAACCGAGGGAAACAGGCGAUGUAUCUGGAGGCAUCGAGGCGCUCGCUGAGGGCGUUCUUCCCUGAUUGGAGCCAGGAAGAGGUGGAGACGUGGUCAAAGGUGGACUUUGAAUCGGCAGCCCAGUCGAUCAUAAUAGAGACUCUACGGGAGGUUAUAAGGUUACGGCCCAAAGCAUUGUGGGGCGUCUCUCCUUACCCCAGCUGCUACAAUGGCGACCCCGCCCAAACCCUGUUAGCCAAUUACACGGGAAGGUGUCCCACCGCAGAGAUGGCCCUUAACGACAAGCUGCUGUGGCUAUGGAAACGAUGCUCCGCCCUCUUCCCGCUCCUCACCCUCGAGAAGCUGCAGGGCGGGACACCUGGAGCCAGGCUUUACCUGUCCAAUCAGAUCGGAGAAGCCCUGAGAGUGGCGUCUCUGGCUGAGGCUGCACAUGACCUACCUGUGUUCACCAUGGUCAGGAGCGUCUACGCCUCAACCAACACCUUCCUGUCGCAGGCAGACCUUGUCAACACCAUAGGAGAGAGCGCUGCCAUGGGAACGGCGGGUGUUGUCAUUUGGGAAAAAGACGAGACAAAGACAGAGAGAGAGUGCGCAGAUCUGGCGCAGUUUGUCCGUCAGGUCCUGGGACCCUACUCCAUCAACGUAACCACGGCAGCUCGCCUCUGUUCGGCCGCUCUGUGCCAGGGGCGGGGUCGCUGCGUCCGUCAAAACCCAGAGAGCGCCGCCUAUCUUCACCUCCCGCCCCCGUCCGAGGCACAAGCCACAGAUCAGCCAGACGCAGCUGCUAAACCUGCUGAGCCGGACCCUGCUGAGAUCUGGAAGACAGACUUCCAGUGCCAGUGGUUCAAGACUUCAGACAGCUCCGUCUCUGACCAGCAGUCCCCCAAAGACGGGGCCUCUGUGGGGGGAGCAGGAGUUGGAGAUGUUGGUGAUGUCAUGGGAACUAUAGUCGCUCCGACAUCAAAGAGUGCCUCUGUGACUGAAUCAGGGGGAAGAACUACGACGAGUCUGACGUCUUCCCUUGAAGUACCCACGGACCACGGGACAAAGCCGCUGAGUGCCCCAGUACUGACUGUGAUACUACUGCUGCUGGUGACUGGAGGCCUCUGGACACCUAGAGCCUGAACUGGCUUAAACUGGGUCAAACAUACGUGACAGCAAGCAUCUGUCCUACUGAAGUGUCCUUGAGCAAAACACUGAGUUCCUGCCGGGGCUGCUGCUCUGCAAAUGCAGAGACAAAUUUCGUCUUUUGGGAAAUCAUAAAAAGAGAAGGAAGUGCACCUAGCUUGAGAAGUCCAAGGGGUUCAGUGGACGUAUCGAUGGACCAAACUCUUCUCAGUGCUGCGAUACCGACUCUGUUUCUGCUGCCAGCUGGCUCUCUGUGCUUAGAUCCGUUACUGUAAGGAGCUGUAAGCCAAAAUAUUACAAGCAAAGUGUGUAACAGACCCGCUAGUCCACCAUAGGAAAGUGUGUCAGUGUCACGUUUUCCGUUGCUUAGGUGUUUUAUGAAGGAGCAGCAACAUGACGUGGUGUAAAGGCAGUGAAAGAGUCCACAUAAGGAGGCGGGGGUGGUGGAUGGUCAAACACACGGACUUUCCCUCAAGCGACCCGAGUUUGUUUUUAACAUGUUUGCUAAUGUUAGCUUGCUGGCUAAUGUUGUUAGCUAACCAUAACCCUUACCUUAACAUCACCUUAACCAAGUAUUUUGGCUAAUGUUAGCUAAUGCACUAAGAAGUUAACAUUCCCUUAGCUAACGAGCAAACAAUUAACUAAUGAGCUAUUGAUUGGCUAACAAGCUAACGAUUAGUUAAUGAGCUGAUGUACAAUGUAAGGACUAGGUAACGAGCUAACGAUUAGCUAACGAGCUAACAUUCGUACAUGCACAAACGUUACUCUUGAUAACUUGCAGCUGAGGUGCCUGAGUUUUGUUUGACUCCUCGGCAACGCAAAACGUGACUCUGACACGGUUUCCUCUGGUGGAAACCGGCGGGUCUGUUAGACGCUUUGGCGUGACAUCAGGUUGAAUAUUUCCAGCAUUGUGCGCAAAUAUGAAUUAUGUGAACGACAGCUGGCAUGCUUUACGCUGAUGAUGUGUCUUUGUUUGUCAUUGUGUUCAUUUGUUGACUCUUCUCCACGAUCACCUGUGAAAGACAGCCUGUGCUGAUUGGUUGAUGUCAAACAUAUCGUUUGCCGUCUCUCUUGGCGAGGAGAUGACAAAAAUUUAAAGAGUAACUAAACCCCAAACCUAAAUCUGAGUGAAUCUCGACCUGUAAUGUUGGGAAGUACGGUGCCUGGUGUUUGGUAGCAGGUGACCCUGCUUUUCACCGUCAAGGAUCAUUUAUUCUUGUAACGUUAAAUAAGGAUAUGGAUACGGACUGAGCCUUCUGUCCUUACUCUGCAUUCAUUUCGUCCAUAUUUGUGCUCAUUUCUAGAAAGCUUACAGAUCUAGACAAACUGGAGCAAAACCACCGGAAAUUGAGGGGGCAGCAUAGCCGAUAGCUCAAGUGAGAUCGGUCUAUGAGCAAGACACAAGGAAGAAAUUCAUCUCAUUGAUAUAUCAGAGAGGAAUUUUCCGUCCUCCAGUCAUGAUGCGUUUAAAGACCUCACGGACCACCGCCGUCUACAAUGUCGCCUCUGCUUUUCCCUCUCUGUAGCAGGUCCGUUAUUACUGCCACCAUGUUUGUUGUUGUCCAAAACCUUUGACUCAGAGCUGCCCUCUGGUGGAUUUGUUGCUUGACAUCCACGCCAACAUAAAGAACCCAUGAAUGUUUGUGGGUAGUAGCAUCAUUUUAAACAAACAUAUUUAUUUCCAUACAUAAAGGGAGUAUAAAUAAAGUAUAAAUGAGCCUUUGAGGUUUGGGGUUUAGUUUAACUCUAAUCUGACAAUAGUGCUGUCCUGCUCUUCUGCUGUAUCUGCUGCUGCGAUAUCAAGCUAUUAUUGUUAUUAUGGUAUCACAUAUCUACCGGUCAAUGAUGUCUGCCUCUAUUAUAAGAGUUCCUCCCUACAGCUACAUAAAACAGUCAGCAUUUUUUCCUUUGCACAUUUUAUUUCAUCAUUAAUCUUUCCUGUAAACUAAAUUUUCAUUGAAAGGUCUAAUGUACCCAGAGGCUGCGUGAGUGCAGUGGGCCGCUUUGCCUUAAAAGAGUCGCAAACCCCAAAAGUAUUUAUUCAUUUGUAUGAGUUUCAACUGAGAGUUUUGCUGCUGCGUGGUCUAAAUGUUGUAUCAAAGGCUUUCCCAUGCUGCCAAGAAUAAAAUUUUGACAUCUUGU